AUGGCAACAAACGAUAAUAACGACGACAAUACCGGCUUCUCGUUUGGUGCACAACCCUUCGCCUGGGUUCUCAUUCCGCUCUUUGUCAUCUUAGUUCUCGGUUUAACCGCCACCAUCAUCCAAGUGAGACGACGUCGCCGCCGCCGUGGGAACCAAUGGCCCGGUCAGAAUACCGGAGCUCCUGUAUAUACUGGCCUUCGCGGUGGAAGAAGAACGGGAAAUCGCCGAUCGCCAUGGAAUGGAACCAGGUCUGAAGAAGGGCUCAAUGAAUUGGGACAGGCACCACCGCCAUACGAUGGUAAAAAGGAGACGCAGGAUCCCCUGGAACUGCGGGAUCUCGAAGUUGGGAACAGGCCGCCCGAGUAUCCUGCUGAGCCUGCGCCAGCUGUAGUAACGGAUGGUCGAAGAAGUUGA